UUUCAGCCCACCUGAAAGUUGCCCGUCAUUACGGGGAAGUUGCCCCAAUCACACCAACCUCAGCUUCACUGAAGCUGCACCUAUUCACUAUCAAGAUGGAAGACAAUCGGAAAAGAAACAUGGAACGCCGUCGUGAAACAUCGAGACACGCGGCUCGUGAUCGUCGGUCUAAAGAAUCGGAUAUAUUUGAUGAUCUGAAAAUGUGUGUGCCUAUUGUUGAAGAAGGUACCGUAACUCAUCUAGACCGUAUUGCACUUCUUCGUGUUGCCGCCACAAUUUGUCGACUGCGCAAGACAGCCGGUAAUGUAUUGGAAAACAAUUUGGACAAUGAAAUCACAAAUGAGGUAUGGACUGAAGACACCAUCGCCGAAUGCUUGGACGGCUUUGUUAUGAUUGUUGACAGUGAUUCUUCAAUUCUUUACGUCACUGAAAGUGUUGCAAUGUAUUUAGGAUUAACACAGACAGAUUUAACAGGUCGAGCCCUUCGAGACUUUCUUCAUCCAUCCGACUAUGACGAGUUUGACAAGCAAUCAAAAAUGCUGCACAAGCCACGUGGCGAGGACACAGACACCACCGGCAUCAACAUGGUGCUUCGAAUGAAGACAGUCAUCAGCCCACGUGGAAGAUGUCUGAAUUUGAAGAGUGCUUUGUACAAAUCAGUGUCUUUCCUGGUUCAUUCAAAAGUUUCAACUGGUGGACACGUGUCAUUCAUGCAAGGUAUCACAAUUCCUGCUGGACAGGGUACAACUAAUGCAAAUGCAUCUGCAAUGACAAAGUACACGGAAAGCCCAAUGGGUGCAUUCACAACUCGUCACACUUGCGACAUGCGCAUCACUUUCGUUUCGGAUAAGUUCAAUUACAUCUUGAAAAGUGAGCUGAAGACUCUCAUGGGCACCAGUUUCUACGAAUUGGUACAUCCAGCCGAUAUGAUGAUAGUAUCAAAAUCCAUGAAGGAACUUUUUGCCAAAGGACACAUCCGUACCCCGUAUUACCGGUUGAUUGCUGCAAAUGACACACUUGCCUGGAUUCAAACAGAAGCUACUACAAUCACACAUACGACGAAAGGACAAAAAGGACAAUAUGUCAUUUGUGUUCAUUACGUUCUCGGAAUCCAAGGAGCUGAAGAGUCAUUGGUAGUUUGCACUGAUUCAAUGCCAGCUGGAAUGCAAGUAGAUAUCAAGAAGGAAGUGGAUGAUACAAGAGACUAUAUUGGAAGACAACCUGAAAUUGUGGAAUGCGUCGAUUUUACUCCAUUGAUCGAGCCAGAAGAUCCAUUUGAUACGGUUAUUGAGCCAGUCGUUGGUGGAGAAGAACCUGUUAAGCAGGCUGAUAUGGGAAUUUAUUCGGUGACGGAUGAGUAUGAGCAACGUGUUUAUGGGCAAAUUUCUGCCGGCAAUGAUAUAGAAGACUGCGAUAUGGAUUCUGAUACAGAAUCCAUAGAAGAUUCCGGUUUAGCACCGGAAUUCGAUGUGGAUCUGGCUCCGAUUUAUAAUGAGAAAAUGGAAGUUGACGGAGAGGAUGAGGACGGCGGAGAGGAGGAGCACGUAAGAACAGCUACGAUGACGUUUUGCAAUGGCUUUUUCGCGACCAGCCAAGCUCUCCGCCGCCGGCACGCUACCGGUCAGCGGACCGCUUCAGGACAACCGAACCGUCGAAUUUCGGUUCCGCUCUGGCCUCGCCGGACUUCAUGGAUUCGUCAUCUCGUACCUCCCGACCGAAGACAUCAUACGGACGAAGAGCACAAAGUCAGGGAAGUCGAACAACUGGAUCGUCUUCCACGUCAGCAUCGGCCACAUUGCCACACAGUGCCAACUACUCGCCACUUGCAGAGGGCAUCUCACAAUGUGGACUUAACAGUCCCCCGAGUAUCAAAUCUGGACAAGUCGUGUACGGAGACGCUCGAUCUAUGGGACGUAGCUGCGAUCCGUCCGAUUCGUCACGACGCUUUUCCGCCCUUUCACCAUCAGAUACUCUCAAUGUGUCGUCCACUAGAGGCAUCAACCCAGUCAUCGGAAGCAAUGAUGUGUUCUCCACUAUGCCUUUUGCCGAUUCUAUCGCCAUUGCCGAAAGGAUCGAUUCGUCGCCAACAUUAACCUCUGGCGAACCAAUACUUUGUGACGAUCUUCAAUGGGAAGAGCCUGAUUUAUCGUGCUUGGCACCAUUCGUUGACACUUAUGAUAUGAUGCAAAUGGACGAGGGGUUACCACCAGAGCUUCAAGCUCUUUACGACUUGCCUGACUUUACACCUGCGGUACCUCAAGCCCCAGCUGCUCGGCCUGUGCACAUUGACAGAAGCCCACCAGCGAAGCGAAUGCACCAAUCAGGUCCCUCAGAUUUAGAUUUUAUGUACACUCAACAUUAUCAACCAUUCCAACAAGACGAGACAUAUUGGCAAGGACAGCAACAGCAAAAUGAACAACAGCCUAGUUCUUAUUCCCCAUUUCCAAUGCUCUCUUGAUUAUUUUCUACCCCCUCUCAAACUGUUCAUUGUUUUGUUUUCAAAAAUAUACUCUUCAUUCAUUCAAGUCACACUUCUUAUUACUUAAUUCUAUUGCUCUUUUUAAGAAUAAUGAGUUUCAAGAAUCCUCCCCGAUAAAUUUUCCCCCAUUCCUUUUUCCCUUUCCCUCUGAUUUCUUUAUUUAGUAAAAAAAAGAAGAAUCGUAGUACAAAACGUGUCUAUCUGUGUGUCCGUUUGUCCGUUUUUCCCAUCUCCAUAGUGAUAGUUAAUUGCAUCAUUUAUACAACGAAUCUUCUUAUGUUAAGUUUUCUUUUCAUUUUUUCACAAUGCUCUCGUCUCAUUCAUUUUCAAAAUUCUGUCCGUCUUCGUUUUCUUCUCGAUAAAACCUUUUUGGUUUG